UUAGACGUAAGAAUCUUACGUCCUUGAUUAACGGCGAAAUGUGGAGACUAUGAUCGUUAUCUCCUACGCAAGUAAUUACUAAUAAUAAUAACAAUGACAAUAAUAAUGAUGAAACGGUAAUUUCUAAUCCAUGAAUCGUCUACGUAAGACCUAGUUCAGCAUGCGGCCGGUAUAACUUCAUUUGCAGUUUUCAAGUCUUCCAUCACUGAAAAAUGAUUGUUAAUUUAUCUUCGAGACUCGCUUGCGCGAGGUUACGGGAGUUUACUGUUCGGAUAACGAUCGGAAUAUCAUCCACACGUGGUAACACAGAUCCAUGUAAAAUCACGAGAAGGAACUUUGGUUCAAGGAUGAACGAAGACGAUGUCCUAUUUAAAGACUACAAAAAAGCAGGUCUUAUACAAUUAAAUCGCCCUAAAGCUUUGAAUACGUUAAACUUGUCCAUGGUUAAAAAAAUAUAUUCUACCCUCAAACAAUGGGAAUCUUCCAAGGAAUUAAUUGUUAUCAAAGGUAUUGGUGAAAAAGCAUUUUGUGCAGGUGGAGAUGUCAAAUCUAUUGCUCUUGCCCUGAAAGAUCCUGUCGAGGCACCGGUACAAGUGCAAUUCUUUCAGCAUGAAUAUACUUUAAACCAUUUAAUUGCGACAUACAAGAAACCGUAUGUUGCCUUAAUCUCUGGCAUUACUAUGGGUGGUGGUGUCGGUCUAUCUGUUCAUGGAAAAUACAGAGUUGCAACGGAAAGAACAUUAUUUGCUAUGCCAGAGACAGCAAUAGGACUAUUUCCUGACGUUGGCGCCACGUAUGUUUUACCUAAAUUGAAAGACAAUCUGGGAAUAUUUUUAGGUCUAACUGGUCAUAGAUUAAAAGGUAUUGACGUACUUCAUAGUGGAAUUGCAACACAUUACAUCUCGUUUGAAAAGAUAGAAGAUCUAACCAACGAUUUAUUAACGGUACAAACAGAUAUUGAUAAAAUCAUUAAAAAACACCAGCCAAAUAAUGUGAUAAAUAGUGAAUUUAGCCUUGCACCAUAUUUGAAACAGAUAAAUCAUUGUUUCUCUGCUCCGAAUAUUGAAGAAAUAAUUUCAAGGUUGGAAGCAGAUGGUUCGGAGUGGGCAAGAAAUACGAUUGAAACUUUGAACAAAAUGUCGCCAACUUCUCUCAAAGUUACUAAAAAAGCUCUGGAACUGGGAAAACAGCAAACUCUUGCCGAGUGUUUGAAAAUGGAAUUCAGAUUAGUUUGUUCUAUUUUACGACCUGACACAGAUUUCUAUGAAGGUGUAAGAGCAGUUCUUAUUGAUAAAGACCAUAAACCAACAUGGAAUCCAAAAUCGUUAAGAGAGGUAAAAGAUGAAGAUGUGAUUAAAAAAUUUAAUUUAAUGCCCCUUGAAAGGGAACUUAAAUUAUAAAAACUAAAUUAAUAUUUUCUAAAUGUAUUAUGUCUGUAAUAUCAAAUUGUAUUAAUAUCAUCGUAUGGCUUGAAUACAAAAUAAUAAGAAAGUUUAACAUCACAGACGUAUUCCAAUAAAAUGUGCACAUAUUUGUAAAAGAAUAA